AUGCAGUCUUUAUCAAGCAUGUGUAAGAAACUUGGAAGAUCAAGCAGGUUAUUUGUAGAACUAGCUCCUUCUAUAAGUUUCUCUACUUCAUGUUACUUUUGUAGUCAGAAGAAAAAAAAUAACUCAUAUCAAGAGGUUGACCAAAACAGAUAUUCUAAUUUAAUACAUUCUAUCGUGUCAACCAGAAUUAGUUCUCAGACACCAGAAUCAUUAUUUCAAGAAGAUGAGUUAUUAUAUGGACCUGUGAGUAAAUGUAAGACCCAAGAGCAAGGAUCAGGACCAAAAGUUGCACAAAAUACAAUCCUUCUCCUCAAUCCAGAAAAAAGAAAUGGAUCAAACACUAUAACUGACUCGAUUCCUUUGAAAAUACCUCUGCAAAAGAAUAAAAUUCCUAGUGUUACUCGAAUCCUUCAGCAGACCAUGACAGAAAAACAAAUCUUAAUCCUAGAGAGGUGGAAACAUCGAAUGAUACUGGAGCUGGGAGAAGAUGGCUUUGCAAAAUAUACUUCAGACAUCUUUUUGCAAGGGAAACACUUCCAUGAAGUAUUAGAAGCUAUGCUUUCAUCCCCAGAGCAGUUAAAAGAAUUAGAUGAAAAAGCUAUUAGUUCUGGGUAUGUAGCAAGUGUCCAGCAUGUUCUAAAAGACAUCAGUGGAGUAAGAGCUCUAGAAAGUGCAGUUCAUCAUGAGACUCUUAAGUACCUGGGCCUAAUGGACUGUGUAGCUGAAUAUUGGGGUAAGCUGUGUGUGAUUGAUUGGAAGACUUCAGAGAAACCAAAACCAUUUAUCUGGAACACAUUUGACAACCCUUUACAAGGGGUAGCAUAUGUUGGAGCCAUAAACCACGAUGCCAACUAUAACUUUGAGGUUCAGUGUGGUUUAAUUGUGGUGGCUUACAAGGAUGGAUCCCCUGCUCACACACAUUUCAUGGACUCAGACCUCUGUUCUCAAUACUGGUCCAAGUGGUUACUUUGACUAGAAAAAUAUACA